GAUUUCUUCCUAAGAAUAUUCACUGGCCUCAUAUUGCAGCAUAGAUUCCCAGUGUCUGAAUGCCUACCCAACUCACAGUUUCAUCGGUGUUGUCCGGUGGUUGGUCGGUCGGUCGGUCCGGCAGUGUACCCUCUUUCUCUCUGCCCAGACAGACAGACCUCCUUUGCCCAGUGAGCUUAAGCUCACUAGUUCCUGUUUUGGUCACUUUUCGCCAUCGAUGGUGGAGGGAAGAAAAGUGGGAUUGCACCAUCCACCCCAUUGCAGAGUCCUCCUGAAUCUUGCUUGUUAAUCUCCUUCUUUGCCCUCUCUCUGUUUACCAUCCCUGUCGCUACUAAUGGUAAUGGACGAGACCAACUCCGAGUCAGGCUCCCCUGAGAGUUUCCUCGUCCGUGCAGCAAGCUUUUCUCUGUACUCUCUGCUACUAAACGAAAAGGCAGUUCGUCAGCAAAGGUAAAGGGCCUUUUCGUUCUCCAAUACCCCAUAAAAGAGGAGUAGUUCCCUAAACAAGCGGGAGAAGGAUAAAGCUUUGACUUGAGAUUGAGAUGACAUAUCUCUUGAUGAAUGCUGGGUCGGUGUCUUGAAAGGCCAAUCCUCCUUUUUACCUGGAAUUCUCGCGUUGACGGUAUUCUCAUUUCCUUUCUUCCAGGGCUUGACUUGAGAUGCAGCUCGUUGGGAGUAGGUUUUGGCUUGCCCCAUUCCACUUACUAGGAGGAUAGGUCCUGUUAGUUUUGAUUGAGUUUGAGGGGCUUUCACUGCUGAAUCCAUCCAUAAACCUAGACUCCAAUGACCUUGUAACCAAAGCAUCAGAAGAAGUUCAACGGUGACCCCACUCAAGAUUCAAGACUGAAGGCUCAACACCCAAGAUCAGAUUCUUUGUUCUUUACUAUCGAAAGCAUGAACUGCAUCAAUUUGACCACCAUCUGUUCGAUCUUUAACCAAGCAAGCAGAUCCAAUUUGCUUCAUCCCCUGAAAAAUUCAGCCUUUCCCUUGAUUUCUCGAAGAACCACCGAACCCAUUUCUUAUUCCUUUCCCAACUCGCGCUUCUUGGUCUCUGCAAUCCUUACCAAGGAAGAAGAGCCCACCGCAGAGGAUAAAGAGGAGAGACCCCCUUUCAAUUUCAAGGCCUACAUGCUCGAGAAGGUGAAUCGUGUGAACACAGCACUCGAUGCCUCGGUCUUGCUCCGGCCGCCGCUGAAGAUUCACGAGGCCACGAGAUAUUCGUUGCUCUCUGGCGGAAAGCGGGUGUGCCCGGUUAUGUGCAUAGCGGCAUGCGAGCUUGUGGGAGGGCAGGAAUCAAUGGCCAUGCCCUCGGCUUGUGCCGUCGAGAUGAUCCAUGCCAUGUCUUUGAUUCAUGAUGACCUUCCCUGUAUGGACAAUGACGACUUACGCCGCGGGAAGCCCACCAACCACAAGGUUUUUGGUGAGGAUGUUGCUGUUUUGGCUGGAGACGCCCUACUCGCAUAUGCAUUUGAGCACAUUGUGGUAGAAACGAAGGGGGUUCCACCCAAAAGGAUAGUUAGAGCGAUCUUUGAAUUGGCGAGAUUGAUUGGACCAGAAGGUGUAGUCGCUGGCCAGGUGGUGGAUAUAAGAUCCGAAGGAAUGACUGAUGUAGGAUUGGAGCAGCUUGAGUUUAUUCACCUCCACAAAACUGCCGCCUUGCUUGAAGCAUCUGCUGUUCUUGGGACAAUUAUGGGAGGCGGGUUGAAUGAAGAAGUUGAAAAGUUGCAGAAUUUCGCAAGGUGUAUUGGGUUGUUAUUUCAGGUGGUGGAUGAUAUUCUGGAUGUGACCAAGUCUUCUCAAGAACUGGGUAAAACGGCUGGCAAGGAUUUGCUGACCGACAAACUCACCUACCCAAAGCUAAUCGGGGUUGAAAAAUCCAGGGAGUUUGCCAAGAAACUGAACAAAGAUGCUCGAGAAUAUCUAUCCGGAUUUGAUAUAGCAAAGGCAGCCCCAUUGAUGGCUUUGGCAGAUUACAUUGCUAAAAGGCAGAACUAAUUGUUCCAUAAAGGUGGAAUUAAUUGUUCAAUGAUGUUUUGGGUUAUUAUUUACAGAUGAUCCUGCUGGGAACUCAUGAAUUAGAGAACACGAAGAUACCGGGUGGUAAGUUCAUCUCAAGGAUCCAGUAAAGGUUUCUCAAUGUUGCUUGUGGGUUUAUUGCUAAUCUUUCACAAACCAAAUCCCUUGAUUUUUUUUCGAGAAAGUGAUACAAAGUGAACUCUCAACACUAUCAAUGUUGUAUCUCGAAAAUCCUCUUUUGCAGUUGCUUGUUUACUCAGUGACUUGGGACUUUCCAUGAAUACAAUGUUGAAUGGAACAUACUGUUUCUGACA